AUGAACGUGCGACGGUCUUCGAGCAGGAUCAACCCAGGCUUCGCCAGGCCACAUUGCGGGCACGACUCGAAACGGUCGCCCAUCAACAGCCAUUCAUCGCCAACUCCCACCUGCGUCGGGAGCCCACUUCGACCCUCGACCCUCGACGCUCCACCUCCCUCGCGCUCUCCACAGACUCUCCUCUCGCCGUCUGUCACUUCUGCCCCUGAACCUAGCACGGAUGCAGCCAAUUGCAGUAGCCGCGCUCUCCUCCUCGUCGUCGACCAGCAGUCCACCGAACUGCCAGGUCCAUCUGCAUAA